AAGAAAAAAAAUAUAUAGAUGUAGUAGAAAAACUAGAUCGCCCCCAAUAAGCGUUUGCUUUUAAUUCUAACACAGGAAGCAACAGAGGCAUCAUCGUCAUCAUCAGCCAAAGCUAAAAGAGUCAAAGCCCAAGGCCCGAGACCCUUCUUCGCCUCCUCAUUCUUCAAUCCCUCUGUCUCUGUCUCUCUCUUUCUCUCUCCAAGAUUUUAUCUUUCUCUCUUCCAAAUCCCAAAUCUCCCUUUGUAUAUGCUCACAAUCUCAGUCUUACUUCCCAUUUUUCUCCCCCAAGUUUCUGCCUUUUUAUUUUGUUUUUUUUUUAAUAUUAUUAUUUUUUUAAUACUUUUCGGCAUAUUUGCGGUCAAAACCCUAAGCCCCACUUUCUGCUCAAUUCCCAAUCUGGAGCUUCACGGUAGCUCGCGUGUCACCUCCGAACCUCGGAAUCAGGAUUUGUUUAAAACCCUAGCUUUGGUUCGUGCUUCAAUUCGUGAUUUAGACAGGCUUGACAUGGAAACCCUGCUUCUUAAAUGCAGCCUAGUUUUUCCUGCUUCUUGUAGCAGUUCAAUGCUGGGGGCAGUAUGCUGAUGAUAGUUGGAAGAAAUGCAAAGGUAUCAUGCUGCUGGCUGCACUGGUGCAGUUAAUAAUAGUGCAAUUGGUGGGGCAUCAGCUAGGGAUACUGGCCGAGCAGAUUCAGCUUCACUGCCUGCUAACUUCUCAUUGAAUUCUAGGCGGCCAUCUCCUUUAACACCUUACAAAUUGAAGUGUGACAAAGAAUCUUUGAAUUCACGACUUGGGCCACCCGACUUUCACCCGCAAACUCCAAAUUGUCCAGAAGAGACUCUCACCAAAGAAUAUGUGCAAUCAGGAUACAGGGAGACUGUUGAAGGCCUUGAUGAAGCUAGAGAGAUAUCACUUACUCAGGCUCCAUCGUUUACCAAGCCAGUUGUUUUCAAGUGCAAAGAGGCUAUCAGAAAAUGUCUCAGGGCUAUAAAUGAAUCUCGUGCUCAGAAGCGAAAGGCGGGUCAAGUUUAUGGUGUUCCUCUGGCUGGUUCACUAUUAACUAAGCCAGGGGUUUUUCCUGAACAAAGGCCUUGUGGUGAAGACUUUCGCAAGAAAUGGAUUGAGGGUUUAUCACAACAGCACAAGCGGUUGCGUUCCCUGGCUGAUCUUGUUCCUCAUGGGUAUAGAAAGAAAGCUCUUUUUGAAGUUCUUGUAAGGAAUAAUGUUCCAUUGCUUAGAGCAACCUGGUUUAUCAAAGUAACUUACCUUAAUCAGGUUCGACCUAGUUCUGCUGGUGUUACUUCUGGGGCAUCUGAUAAAAGUCAGUUGUCUCGCACAGAGUUGUGGACAAAAGAUGUUAUUGAUUACUUGCAGUACCUCCUGGAUGAAUUUUUCUCGAGAAAUAAUUUCCAGUCUACUUCACACAGCAGAGAUCGAUCUCCCCAAAUGUUUUAUGCUGGCUCUGUGCAACAAAGAGGUGAUCCCAACUCAGCAGGACUUGAUGGCGAGGAACCGUCUCUACAUUUUAAGUGGUGGUAUGUGGUGCGGCUUUUGCAAUGGCAUCAUGCUGAAGGGCUGCUCCUUCCUUCUCUCAUCAUUGAUUGGGUUCUCAUUCAACUGCAGGAAAAAGAAUUGCUUGAGGUUGUGCAGUUGCUAUUGCCUAUCAUAUAUGGUGUUUUAGAAACAGUUGUUCUAUCUCAAACUUAUGUGCGUAAUCUUGUGGGAAUAGCUGUUCGUUUCAUACGAGAACCAUCACCAGGGGGAUCGGACCUUGUAGAUAACUCCCGUAGGGCAUAUACAACCGCUGCUCUGGUUGAGAUGCUUCGAUAUUUAAUACUGGCUGUACCUGAUACCUUUGUAGGUUUAGAUUGCUUUCCUUUACCAUCCUCUGUAAUUUCUCAUGUAGUAACUGAUGGGAGUUUGUCAAAGUCAUCUGAAGAUGUGAGAAAAUUUAAAAAUGGUUCAUUGGAAGUUGCAUCUCUGUUCCGAAGUAAAGGUCUUGAUGCUCAAUAUCAAUCCUUGGCCUUUGAUCACGUUGUUUCAUCAAUUCAGAAACGCACUGAUAAUCUUGCAAAGGCUGCAAGCCCAGGCUAUCCAGGUUAUAGUGUGGCUAAAGCUGUACAGGCUUUGGAUAAAUCUCUUGUGCAUGGAGAUGUUAGAGGGGCUUAUAAAUUUCUCUUUGAAGAUUUAUGUGAAGGAACUGUUAAUGAUCGCUGGAUUAGAGAAGUCAGCCCAUGCUUAAGAUCAUCAUUGAAGUGGAUUGGGACUGUGAGUUUGUCGUUUAUUUGCUCUGUAUUUUUUCUUUGUGAGUGGGCAACAUGUGAUUAUAGGGAUUUUCGAACUGUGCCCCCUCAAGAGCAGAAAUUCACUGGAAGAAAAGAUUUUUCUCAGGUAUAUGUUGCAAUUCGGAUUUUGAAGUUGAAAUUAAGAGAUUUGCAAAGUUCACCUCGGUGCAAGAGUGAGACUCCUGUUGGAGUUAAUGUUGCAAAAGGGUCCGGUCAGCAGAAUAGUUUUUCUACCAGGAAUUCCAUGGGAAAUUUCUAUGAUUCAAAAAGUAAUGCAAAAAAUGUGGAUCAACGAAGUCUAAAGUCGCCAAACGUAUUUGAGAGUCCUGGUCCUUUACAUGAUAUUCUAGUGUGUUGGAUUGAUCAGCAUGAAGCAUGCAAACGAGAAGGCUUCAAACGCCUUCAGCUACUCAUAGUGGAACUUAUUCGUGCUGGGAUUUUUUACCCCCAGGCUUAUGUAAGGCAGCUAAUAGUUAGUGGAAUAAUGGAAAUAAAUGGGCCAGCAGUUGAGGCAGAUAGACAAAGGAGGCACUACCGAAUCUUGAAGCAAUUGCCUGGGCUCUGUAUGCGUGAUGCAUUGGAAGAAGCAGGUAUUGCUGAAGGACCACAACUUUUGGAGGCCAUGCAUAUUUAUUGUAAUGAGCGCCGGCUAGUUCUUAGAGGGCUUCUUUGCAGUUUAAAUAAAAAUAUGAAUAAUACAAGUAUAUCAGGUCAGAAGCGAAAGCUUUACCCGACCACUGGAAAGGCUGGUGCUUCCCCAGCUACAGUUGAUCAGUGGAAAUCUUUAUCAUCAUCAUCUGACUUGUUGCCUGGUAAGAAUGUUAAAAGUGAUGCCGAUGUUGAGGAACUAAAGGAAGCAAUCUCUGUAUUCUUGCAGCUUCCAAAAAGUUCAUCCACAUCCACAGAUUCAGGAUUGGAUGAAUUCCAAGGAAGUAAUAAGAAGCCUCCUGUAUCAUUCUUUAACAAGAUGGAUAUGGGAGAAGGCACACCAGGGUGUGAUGAAUGUAGAAAAACAAAGAGACAAAAAUUGGGUGAAGAAAGAAGCUCAUGCCUUCAGGGACAUUCUCCAAUUGUGUCAGAGGAGGAGGAUACAUGGUGGGUGAAGAAGGGGCCUAAAUCUUCAGAGUCUUUGAAGGUUGAGCCGCCACUUAAGUCAACUAAACAGGCCCCUAGGAAUAGGACAAAAGGGGUGCGCAAAACUCAAAGUCUUUCGCAAUUAGCAGCUUCUAGGAUUGAGGGUAGCCAGGGUGCAUCUACCAGUCAUGUUUGCGAUAAUAAGGUAAGCUGCCCUCAUCACAGAACUGGAGUGGAAGGAGAAACUUCCAAGUCAGUUGAAGGAAUCAAAGCCAACCAUAAUGUAGAUAUUGUAUCAAUCGGGAAAGCGUUGAAGAGGUUGCGCUUUGUAGAGAAAAGGACUGUUACAGUGUGGCUGAUGACUGUCAUUAGGCAGCUUGUUGAGGAGACUGGAAAAGCAAUACCUAAGGUUGGCCAGUUUGGUAGAACUUUCACUCCUGUUGAUGAUAGGAGUAUUGUGCGCUGGAAGCUUGGUGAGGAUGAACUCUCUGCAAUACUGUAUUUGAUGGAUGUUUCAAAUGAUUUAGUUUCAGCUGUCAAAUUUCUCCUUUGGUUGUCACCAAAGGUGCUUAGUAGUGCCAGUUCUACUAUCCACAGUGGAAGGAACAUCCUCCCACUGCCAAGAAAUGUGGAAAACCAUGCCUGUGAAGUGGGGGAGACAUUUUUAAUAUCAUCCCUGCGAAGGUUUGAGAACAUACUUAUUACAGCAGAUCUUAUUCCAGAAGCCUUAUCAGCUGCAAUGCAUCGUGCUGCUGCAGUUAUGACUGCCAGUGGAAGAGUAUCAGGUUCAGCAGUCUUUGGUUAUGCUCGUUAUUUAUUGAAGAGAUAUGGCAAUGUGGUCAGUGUCAUUGAAUGGGAGAAAAAUUUUAAGGCAACAUGUGAUAAAAGACUGCUUUCAGAACUUGAAUCUGGACGAUCAGUUGAUGGGGAGCUAGGUUUUCCUCUUGGGGUUCCUGCAGGGGUUGAAAAUCUCGAUGACUUUUUCCGCCAAAAGAUUAGUACUGGUGGUCGGUUGUCUAGAGUGGGUAUGAACAUGAGAGAGAUAGUUCAAAGGAACAUAAAUGUUGAGGAUAUCCUUCAUUCUUUUUUUGGAAAAGAAAGAAAGCUCUUUGCAGCUGGGACACAAAAGGUUUCAACCACAGAAAAGUGGGAUGAUGGCUAUCAGAUAGCUCAAAAGAUAAUUUCAGAACUAAUGGACUGCAUUAGGCAGACAGGUGGUGCUGCUCAAGAAGGGGAUCCAUCUUUGGUGUCUUCUGCUAUAUCUGCCAUCAUUGGUAACAUAGGGCCAACUAUAGGAAAAUUGCCCGAUUUUAGGGCGGGCAGUGGCUAUUCAAAUUUUCCAUCUACUACGGAUUCUUUGAACUUUGCUAGACGCAUAUUGCGCAUCCAUUUAAGUUGCCUAUGCCUACUUAAGGAAGCUCUUGGAGAUCGCCAAACCCGUGUAUUUGAGGUAGCCCUUGCAACAGAAGCUUCUUCAGCUCUUGCUACAGUCUUUACCCCAGGAAAGGCAUCCCGAAGUCAAUUUCAGGUAUCUCCUGACUCCCAUGAUUUGAGCACUAACAUGGCUGGUGAAACGUUGAAUAAUUCUACAAAGGCAGCUCUUGGAAGAGUAACAAGAGUUGCAGCUGCUUUGUCUGCACUUGUAGUAGGGGCAAUUGUUCAUGGUGUUACCAGCCUGGAGAGAAUGGUAAGUUUGUGCAGAUUAAAGGAGGGGAUGGACAUAAUUCAGUUCAUACGGAGUAUAAGAUCCAAUUCUAAUGGUAGUGCACGUUCAAUUGGGGCUUUUAAGAUGGAUAGCUUGAUUGAAGUUUAUGUUCAUUGGUUCAGGCUGCUUGUUGGGAAUUGCAGGACUGUUUGUGAUGGAUUGGUUGUGGAACUUGUGGGUGAGCCAUCCAUAGUAGCUCUUUCAAGGAUGCAGAGAAUGCUUCCACUUGGAUUGGUAUUUCCACCUGCAUAUUCAAUAUUUGCCUUCAUUCUAUGGAGGCCAUUCAUUCUCAACUCUAGCCUUGCUAUCCGUGAAGAUAUUAAUCAAUUAUUUCAAUAUUUGACAAUGGCUAUGGGUGAUGCCAUAAAGCAUCUGCCUUUCCGGGAUGUGUGUUUGAGGGAUAGCCAGGGUCUUUACGAUCUUGUAGCUGCAGAUAAUAGUGAUGCUGACUUUGCAGCGAUGCUAGAGUUGAAUGGUUCCGACUUGCAUUUAAAAUCCAGGGCUUUUGUUCCACUACGUGCAAGGCUUUUUCUCAAUGCUAUCAUCGAUUGUAAAAUGCCACACGGUAUGUUAAUGCAGGAUGAUGGAAAUCGGAUCUCUGGGCAUGGUGAAUCCAUUACUCAGUAUGCGGAAGGUGGGACAAAACUUUUAGAUAAGCUUGUACAUGUUUUGGAUAGCCUGCAACCUGCAAAGUUCCAUUGGCAGUGGGUAGAGCUCAGACUUCUUUUGAAUGAACAAGCCCUCGUUGAAAAACUUGAGAGCCCUGAUAUUUCACUAAUGGAUGCCAUACGUUCUUCCUCACCUAGUCCUGAUAGAGCUGCAUCUGAGAAUGAGAACAAUUUUAUUGAGAUAAUACUCACUAGGUUGUUAGUUAGACCUGAUGCCGCACCCCUGUUUUCUGAUGUGGUUCAUCAUUUUGGGAGAUCACUAGAGGAUUCUAUGUUGUUGCAGGCUAAAUGGUUCCUGGCUGGUCUUGACGUUCUCUUUGGACGAAAAACCAUUAGGCAGCGGCUCAUUAACAUUGCUGAAAAUAAAGGUCUUUCAACUAAGGCUCAAUUUUGGAAGCCUUGGGGGUGGUGUAAUUCUGAUUUUGAUUCUGCAACAAACAAGGAAGACAGAAAGAAAUUUGAGAUGAAUUCCCUUGAAGAAGGAGAGGUUGUUGAAGAGGGACUUGAGUCAAAAAGGUCUGGAAAAGGGUCCAAUCAAGCAUGUGAUACAGAAAGUUUCAAUAUCACACAGCAGCAUGUGACGGAGAGGGCUUUCGUUGAAUUACUUCUUCCUUGCAUAGAUCAAAGCUCUGAUGACUCACGCAAUACCUUUGCUAAUGAUUUGAUCAAACAGUUGAGCAACAUUGAGCAACAUCUGAAUGCUGUUACUCGUGGGAUAAAUAAGCAAGCAGGACCAUCUUCUUCUGGAAUUGAAGGUCCAACAAACAAAGGAAAUAACCGCAAGAGUAUUAAGGGCGGAAGUCCUGGAUUGGCUAGACGCACAGCAGUGACGGCUGAUUCUGCACCACCCUCCCCUGCAGCUUUACGAGCUUCUAUGUUAUUGCGAUUGCAAUUACUCCUGAGAUUACUUCCCAUAAUUUGUGCAGAUGGGGAGCCAUCAGGGAGGAACAUGAGGCAAACACUUGCCUCUGUCAUACUUCGUCUUCUUGGAAAUCGAGUUGUUCAUGAGGACGAAGACUUGUCGUUCAAUCCUGCACAAAGUUCUCUGUCCAAGAGGGAGGCAGAAUCUUCAACAGAAGCUGCUUCUGCUGCCAUGGCCGUAUUGUCUGGUGAAAGUCUGUUUGAUCGGUUAUUGUUGGUUCUGCAUGGAUUGUUAAGCAGUUGUCGGCCGAGUUGGCUGCGGAUGAAGUGUUCUUCCAAGGCAGCCAAUGACUUUGCAAAGGACCUUUCUGCAUUUGAUCGUGAAUUAGCAGAGAAUUUGCAGAAUGACUUAGACCGCAUGCAGCUCCCUGACUCAAUUCGAUGGCGUAUCCAAACUGCAAUGCCUGUACUUCUACCUUCUGUCCGGUGCUCUGUUACUUGCCAGCCACCUUCCAUUCCAAAUGCUGCUGUUGCUUCUCUUCAAGCUAGCAUCUCGGUCACUGGGUCUUACUCUGCAUCACAGAGGAACCAGUUUGCUUUGGCACGAACAGUAACCAAUGUACCAGGGAAGUCCAGGCUAUUGCCUUUGCAGGAUUAUGAUUUGGAUAUUGACCCAUGGAUGCUUCUAGAAGAUGGUGCAGGAUCAGGUCUGUCAUCAAGUAACAGUGCCCUGAUUGGCAGUGGUGACAAUGCCAAUCUUCGAGCAUCUAGUUGGCUUAAAGGGGCUGUAAGGGUUAGACGUAAAGACCUCACAUACAUUGGUGCUGUGGACGAUGACAGUUGAAUUAAGUUGACUUCACUAUGGAUUUUUUCUGGAUUAAGCAUGCCCCUCAGCAGGUAAUCUAAUGUUUCAUUUGUUGUCCAUAAUUGGCAUCAAGAUCACUGCCGUUUGCAUGCGUUCUGUCCUUCGACAACAGAGGAGCUGUUGACAGGGAAAUUUUUUUGGGGGGGCAGGGGAGUCCUUGUGAAAAGAUGUGAAGAUGAUGUUUUCACAAAGCCCAUCCAACCUGAUCCCGGGCCUGCUUGACUACUAACCCUUUGAAUUUGAUUACCCCCUAUUUAAGCUGUGCCCUUUGUGCAGUUUAGAGGUUUGUUGUAAAUAUAGAGAUAAUUGUUCAACUUUACCAAUUGGUCUGAGUAAAAAUGUCAAGAAUUGUCUGUA